AUGACUCCUCCUCGUCGCGUUCUCAUCGCCGUCACCUCAGCUCAUGCUACUCUUUUUGAGGGCAAAGAGACCACAGGCCUCUUUAUCAGCGAAGCCUUGCACCCCUACAAUGCGUUCACCGCAGCUGGCUUUGAAGUCGAUCUUGCAUCAGAAACCGGUACCUACACGCCUGACUGGCUUUCCCAACAGCCUGAUUUCUUGAAUGGAGAUGAUUUCAAGACAUGGAAUGAUACCAACAGCGAAUUCCGUAAGAAGCUCGAUAGCAUGCCAAAAGCAUCUGAGCUAGAUGGUUCCAAAUAUGGCGUCUUCUUUGCUUCAGCCGGCCAUGCUGCUUUGAUUGAUUACCCUAUAGCAACACACCUACAGAAGAUUGCUGAGGAGGUCUGGGCCAGAGGUGGUAUUGUUUCUUCUGUUUGUCAUGGACCAGCUAUCUUUGCAAACGUCCGGGAUUUGGCAACAAAUGAACCCCUGAUCAAAGGCAAGAUACUCACCGGCUUCACAAGUGAAGCUGAAGUUACCAUGGGAAUUAUGGAAGAAAUCAAAUCUUGGAAAAAAGAUUUGGUUGAGGAGAUAGCCGAGAAGCUAGGAGCUAAAUAUACCCGAGCUCCUGGAGUUUGGGAUGAUUAUCAUGUGUUUGAUGGCCAUCUAAUUACAGGACAAAACCCCGCAAGCGCAAGGUCUACGGCAAAAGUCGUCGUAGAAGCUUUGGAGAAGUUGUAA